AUGGCUACCGUGCUGAGCUCCAAGGCCUGCGUGGCCCAGCCCCUGAAGACGGGCACGGCCUCCGCGCGCCGCCAGGCCCGCGUGGCAGUGGUGAGCGUGUCGGCCCUGGCCCAGCGCGCAGAGUACAUCUGGCACGACGGCCAGGAGGGGCAGCCUAUCAAGGGCGCCGUGUUCAACGAGAUGCGCUCCAAGACCAAGGUCAUCCAGAAGCCCAUCACCAACUUUGACGCCGCCGCCUUCCCCGACUGGUCCUUUGACGGCUCCUCCACCGGCCAGGCCGAGGGCAAGAGCUCCGACUGCAUCCUGCGGCCCGUGUGCGUCGUGCCCGACCCGAUCCGCGGCGGCGACGACGUGCUGAUCAUGUGCGACGUGCUGGACCCCACCGGGGCGCCCCACCCCACCAACACCCGCGCCAAGCUGGAGGCCAUCAUCAACGACACCGUCAAGGCGGAGGCGCCGCUGUUUGGGUUUGAGCAGGAGUACACGAUGCUGUCCAAGGGCGGCCACGUGUACGGCUGGCCCGCUGGCGGCUUCCCCGCCCCGCAGGGCCCCUUCUACUGCGGCGUGGGCCCCGAGUCGGUGUACGGCCGCGACCUGGCCGAGGCGCACAUGGACGCCUGCAUCAAGGCCGGCCUGAUCAUCAGCGGCAUCAACGCCGAGGUCAUGCCCGGCCAGUGGGAGUUCCAGAUCGGCCCCACCGGGCCCCUGGAGACCGGCGACCAGGUCAUGAUUGCGCGCUGGCUGCUGCACCGUCUGGGCGAGGAGUUUGGCAUCGUCUCCACCUUUGCGCCCAAGCCCAUGAAGGGAGACUGGAACGGCACGGGCGCCCACACCAACUACUCCACCAAGAGCAUGCGCGAGGACGGUGGCAUGAAGGCCAUCGAGGCCGCCAUCGAGCGCCUGUCCAAGUGCCACCCCGAGCACAUCACGCAGUACGGCACCGGCAACGAGGAGCGCCUGACGGGCAAGCACGAGACGUGCGACAUCAACACCUUCCGCUACGGCGUGGCCGACCGCGGCUCCUCCAUCCGCAUCCCGCUGCCCGUGCAGCUGGCCGGCAAGGGCUACCUGGAGGACCGCCGCCCCGCCGCCAACGUGGACCCCUACACCGUGGUGCGCCUGCUGAUCAAGAACACCCUGCUCUGA